CAGCAGCACCACUAUAUAACCUGAGCAUCCACCACGCGCCCAGUCACAAUACUCCAAAGGACCUGUCACGCACCCAGAGGGGCAUGAACCGCUAAUAACGAGACAUCCCGCAUGAAAGAGUGUUCGAUCAUGACAAAGUCAUUUAACGAAGAAAGUAUGAUGCCAGAGUCCAAGAGCACAAACUGGACUGAUGAAUGUCUGAAUUCCCAAGAAGAACACGACAUGGAAAAUGAAAACGGUGAACACGAGGAGAUGAGCAAAGACGAUGAGGACGAGGAUGAAGAUGCGCUCAACAGAUUGGAAGAUGAUGAAGAAGAAGAGGACGAGGACGAGGAAGAAGGAGAUGAACAGAAACCGAAGAGACGUGGACCGAAGAAGAAAAAAAUGACAAAAGCUCGGCUCCAAAGGUUCAAAUUGAGGCGCAUGAAGGCUAACGCGCGUGAAAGAAAUCGCAUGCACGGUCUCAAUGACGCGCUUGAGAGUUUGCGUAAAGUUGUACCGUGUUACUCUAAAACUCAGAAGCUUUCAAAAAUAGAAACCCUAAGACUGGCUAAAAACUACAUCUGGGCUCUUUCUGAAAUCCUGAGAUCGGGUAAAAGCCCGGAUUUAAUGUCCUUUGUCCAGGCCCUAUGCAAGGGAUUAUCACAACCGACCACUAAUUUGGUAGCGGGCUGUCUCCAGCUGAACCCCAGAACUUUCCUUCCCGAACAGAGCCAGGAAAUACCCUCUCAUAUGCAAACUGCAAGUGCUUCCUUCUCUGCCCACCCAUAUUCCUACCAAACUCCCGGUCUUCCUAGCCCUCCUUAUGGUACAAUGGACAGCUCCCAUGUAUUCCACGUCAAGCCGCACUCUUAUGGCAGCGCACUAGAACCGUUCUUUGAAAACCCUCUCACAGACUGCACUAGUCCCUCAUUUGAUGGACCACUGAGCCCACCUUUGAGUGUGAAUGGGAACUUUUCUUUUAAGCACGAGCCUUCAUCAGAAUUUGAAAAGAACUAUGCCUUUACCAUGCACUACCCAGCAGCUGGACUGGCGGGACCCCAGGGUCACGCCUCCCUUUACGCAAGCUCCGCGCAGCGUUGUGAGAUACCGAUGGAGAAUAUUAUGUCAUACGACGGACAUUCUCACCACGAGAGAGUUAUGAACGCUCAGCUUAAUGCUAUAUUUCAUGAUUAAGGAAUCAUUCAAUCAUACAAUGAAACAUUAUCGCUCUUUUUAAAAGCGUGUUCGGGUAUCACUGAUGCAAAUAUUAUACGUUUGAAAUGAUGUAUGUAUUUAUUAUUGUUACUGCCUUUGGGAGAAAUGGGAAUUCAUAUUCCCAUUGACGUUAUGUACUAUACCCUAUAGCGCUUCUAUAUUAAGGUCACAAUGGCAAAUUGGUGUGGCCAGGUUCAUAAUGUGUUGAUCCUAUGAUCCAUAAAACAAAAUCCACAAGCAAUAAUUAGGAAACUAUGCAAUUUUUAAUCUAAUAAUGGGCCAAUUAAAUAAAGAUAUAUAUUUUUUUCAACCAGCAUUUUAGUAUUUAUCUAUCCCAUAUCGAAUUAUUUUGGUGUGAUUUUGUACAGAAUUGUUAAUUAACUUUUAUAAGAUCUAUGACAUACUGUAUCCCAUGCAACUCCAUUAAUGAUUUAUAAAACAUAGAGGAAUCUGUUGUUCAAUAAUAAUAGUAACAAUGAAGUGAAAGUAAUAAUCAAAUUUAAUAACCAGCAUAGACGUGCUUAGAAAUCUAUGUUGCCUUGGCACUUCUUUACUGUAAAAUCACGCAAUGUUGCACAUCACUGAUUAUUCCAUUACACAAAAAAAUGUCAAAAGAUUGAACGCUGCGAAAUAAAUAAAUAAAUUGAGUAUGACGUGUGACUAUCA